UUGCCCCAAACGCCAGUAGCAUCGGUGAUCCCGUUAUUAGGCAGUUUUCCUGUUUGUAACAUUAGUCCACGAGAUGUGAGACAAACUCACAUAGCCCAUGCAUCCAGUUAAUUUACCAGGCUAAUCAUAAAUGUAGAGAAAUGAUGUAGCCUUGGCUAGCCUGAAAUGUAAUGUUCUCGGACUACCACGAACAUUCAAGUCUACAGUGUUUACAUCGGACAGACCAAAGCAAUCCACCCGUUGACGACUCGGAUCUGUCAGCGGAUGGGUGAAUUGGUAUCAUGACAGGAGACUCCAAACACACCCCGUAAAAGAAACAAAUCAUUAUAGCUGUCUAAGAUGGAGCAGCCGGCUCCGAGUCCGAACAUCCAGAAAAUCUGUGGAUCAUGGAAGAUGGUGAACAAUCUGGGGGCGGGCGGAUUUGCCCAUGUUGUCUUGUUCCAAAACAUGGAGACGCAGGAGGAGAUCGCCGUUAAACUGUGUCGCCUUGAGCUGACCGCCCGCAGUAAGGAGCGCUGGUGCAGGGAAAUCCUCAUAAUGAAGAAAUUAAAUCAUCCCAAUGUAGUGACGGCCAGGGAUGUGCCUGACGAGAUGGCCUGCCUCUCCCUGAACGACCUGCCCUUGUUAGCUAUGGAGUUCUGCUCCAAAGGGGACCUACGUAAGAUUAUGAGCAGACCAGAGAACGUUUGUGGCCUGAAGGAGAGAAAUGUGCUGGACCUGCUGCAUGAUGUUGGGUCUGGAAUCCAGUACCUGCACGCCAACAAGAUCAUUCAUCGAGACCUGAAGCCAGAGAACAUUGUGUUGAAGGAGGUCAAUGGACGGUUGACCCAUAAGAUCAUUGACCUGGGCUAUGCCAAAGACCUGGAUGAGGGCAGCCUGUGCACCUCUUUCGUUGGGACGCUACAAUAUUUGGCCCCUGAGCUGUUUGAGAACCAGCCGUACACGGUCACGGUGGACUACUGGAGUUUCGGCACCAUGAUCUUUGAGUGCUGCUGUGGAUUCAGACCUUUUCUGCACAACCUUCAGCCUGUUCAGUGGGCCACCUUAGUGAAGGAUAAGGAGCCGGAGGACAUCAUGGCUGUGGAGGAAGAUGAUGGAGAGGUGGUGUUCUCCUCCCACCUACCGCAACCCAACUACCUGAGCAGUGUUCUAGUGGAGCCUCUGGAGCAGGUGCUGAGGCUGAUGCUGCGGUGGAACUCGUUGGGGAGAGGAGGGCGCGUGAACUCCAACACUAAGAAGCCCCACUGCUUUGAGCUGCUCGACGAGCUACUCAGCAUCAAGGUGAUGCACGUGUUGAACAUGGGCACGGGGCGCGUCCACUCCUUCCAGCUGUCGGCGGACGAGAGCGUGGACAGUCUGCAGACGCGCCUGGAGGCGGAGACAGGCGUGGCGGCCGACGAGCAGGAGAUCCUGCAUAAAGUCGGGAUGUUCCUGGACCCCAGGAAGCCAGCCAUGCACUACUUCACGGAAGACCUGAAAGGCUUGGACAGCAACAUGGUGUUCCUCUUUGACGAGACAGUGACCAAAUACACAGAUCUAAAUAUGAGGCAGCCCUCAGAGAAUGUCCGUUUUAUGAUGAUGGAACCAGAGGAACAGAUGCCUGUGGUCCCCCUGAGGAAGGUGUGGGGUGAGGCAGUGAAUUAUGUGUGCCGUCUAAAGGAAGACUACAACUGCCUCUUCCAGGGCCAGAGAGCUGCCAUGUUGAGUCUACUCCACUACAACUCCAACCUGACGCGUUACAACGAGAUGUUGUCCGCUGAGUCAUACCAGCUGAAAGCCAAACUGGACUUCUUCAAGAGCUGCCUCCAGUACGACCUAGAGAAGUACAGCGACCAAAUGCACUGGGGAAUAUAUUCUGAGAAGAUGCUGAAGGCCUGGCAAGCUAGUGAUGAGAAAGCUACUACAUAUGAAGAGGUGGCAGAAGUGAGCCACCUAGAUGAGGAGAUAGCGGCUCUGCACUGUGAGAUCGUGGAGCUGCAGAGAAGUCCCUUUGCCCGUCAUCAGGCAGAGGCUCUGAACAAAUUGGAAGAAACUGCAAAAGAAUUGUACAGAGCGCUCAAGAGACGGUGUAAAAACCCUGGGUCGACCUGCGACAGCGUACCCAUGGUCAAUGUCAUCACACAGAGUGCCCAGAUUGCAGAGCAAAUGGUCAAAGAUCUGUACUCGCAUCUGGAGAAGAUCUUGAUCCGUAAGGAGAAGAUCAUGGAGAUGUUCCCUCGGAUUGAGCAGGUGCUGGAUCAGAUCCGUGAGGCGGACGAGUCCGUGCUGAAGAUGCAGGCCCGCAGACAGAACGAGUUCUGGUUCCUGCUCAAGCUGGCCUGCACUGCUUACGGGAAAUCUGCAACGCCGAGUCCAAACUCCAUGAGCCCUCCGACGCCCCUGUGGCGCCCCUCCCCCCCCUCUCAGCCCCCCAGUGGCCCCCACCCCCUGGCGUCCCUCCCCAGCCCUGGAGACAGUGACUCCACGGCCGUGCUGCUGCAGGAGAGCCAGAGCAGGCUGUCCCAGCUCAGUGGCCUGAUGAGGGAGGCGCGGGACGACCAGGCCCACAGCGUGGAGGAACUAGACUGGAGUUGGACCAGCUAUGAGUCCUCAAGCAUGAAGCAGCAGACUCUACAAAAGAUGUAGCAUGUCUGCCACCUCAUCCUGUGGUGCUAAACCUGCUCUGUGAACAUCUGAUACACUACUAAGAAUGGACUUACUCCAAUUUCUGGAAAGUUCUGUUUAUAGUUGUUGCUUGUCUGUCAAUCAUCCCGUAGGCCUGAGAGGCCACUUUGCAUGUUCUUAUAUUUGAUCUUGAUUUGAAGUUUUGAUUUGAAUCACAAUCAACAAAGAAAUGUUUACAUUUACAUUGCAUUUUAUGUGUAGGUCUGAUUAGGUGUGGUGUGGAGGGGGGGUUGGUUGCCAAAUAGUUACCUGGUAGUGGGGAGUUGGGCAUAGUUGGUUAUUAUUUUACCAACUAAAGUUUGUUGAAUAUGUUUGUCUACAAACUAUCAGUAGCUACAAUUAUGCACCAUUAAAAUAAGAUGUGAUGGUUUUUUUAAAAAAAAAUUAUGUAUAAGGAUUGAAUGUGUUUUAUGGUAUAUUUUAUGGACAAAUCAUUUGCAUGAUAUUUUUCAUUGUGGAAAUGAUUUAUUUUGUAACUCUUAGAGUGUUUCUGUAAAAGCCAGUGGCUCCACUGUAUCAAAUCAAAGAAUGUUGUUUACUAUAGAAUAAUUACACCGAUUCUGUUCAUGUACUACAUAAUGUAUACAAAAUCAUGGAAUGGCCAUCCUGAAAUUGUAAGAAUUACAAUUAAAAAAUAUAGGCUAGCUA